UUGACUUGUUUUCAAUCAGGCUUCGCCUGAACAAGACUAAUAGCGCCACCUGUCGAUUUCGGAGCGUUUAUCCACGUCACGGUCGAGUAGACUGAGCUAGCCGAACUCAACAUUCACUGACCGGAGAAAGAUCCCAAGAAAUGACAACCAAUACAAUACAUAUCUUAUGCGUGAGCUAAACGAGAAGUGGCUGCAGAGCGUGUGGAUGGAGGAAUUACCCUACAGAUUCAAUUUUUAUCGAUUACCGAAAGCUGAAAAAGUUUAAGACUACGAUGGAGCCAGGGCCAGGUAUAUGCCAUGACGUCAACACGACCAACGCGUCACAUCUCCUUCUCGAUUACACGUUGGCCGACACUGGGACAGUUGUUACUGGAGUCGUUAUAUUUCUUCUCAUUCUGCCGCUCGUCUUGUUCGAGUUUCCUUUCUUCCCACUCGGUACCACGCCUGCCGUCCUCCUGGGUGCCGUGCUGAUGGUGUGCACCACCGUGCUGUCGCAAGACGACGCGUACAGGCAUCUCGGGGAGCCUGGCAACAUGCGCACGAUCGCCCUUCUCCUCGGAAUGAUGCUCAUGGCUCAGUAUUUCGAAAGAGAGAAGAUAAUCGACCGCAUGAUAAGUAGAAUAUUGAAAGACGAUAUUUCUUUUGCGAGUUAUCUAUGGCGAGUGUGUCUGGCGACCAGUGUGACGUCUGCGUUCAUCACCAAUGAUGCAGCCUGUGUCGUUCUCACUCCCUUGUGGCUGGAGAACUGGAAAAACCAGAACCGACCACGGGUAGAACUCAAAACCCUGUUGCUGGCGAUCGCCACCUCGGCCAACAUAGGCAGUGCAGCUACGAUAUUCGGAAAUCCUCAGAUGGCGCUAAUAGCUUCCAAAACCAAUGUGCCACAUUUUAGACAGAGCAGACUGGAUCUUUUGAGAUGCAUUAUGUUUAUUGGACUACCGACCAUCAUAGGGUCUGUACUGAACGUUUGUUUUCUGAUUAUUCACUGGAAAAUACGUUCAAGGAGUUCCCAUAAAGAAAGAAAUAAUACAGUCAAUAAAAAGGAACAACGAAAAGCAUUUAUUGGUAAAAAUAAAAAUACUGCCAUUGAAAUGAUAUCCGAUGACGAACACUCUCUCGGUAACACAAAUGUAGACUCAAUGAAUGCAACAGACAAAGAACACAUGAAUGGAAAUGGUACAUCUUCAACCCAGCAUCAGAAUACAUCUGGAAGUACAGUUCAGAACAUCUCGACAUCGCAUUUAGAAGCCAGUGAAUUCGAAACCAAAUCCUUGAACCAAAGCACUAAUCAAGCAAGUCUAAGAAAUACACAUCAGUAUGCUAAGUCUUUAUCCAAUUUAGGACAAAGCUUUCCGCAUGAGAAGCUUAACAAAAAAGAUUGUGUGUCUUUUGAAAACAUACUCUUGUCCAACAAGCACAGAGUAAAGGAAACCGAGUCCGACUAUCAUCCUCGUUAUGCUAGAAGUGGAACAUCGCUUUCUUUAAAACUCAAAACUAACACGUCAUUGGAAAAGCAACAAUGUGACACUCAAAACGUAGACAAGGGGAGAAUUGAGUCAAAUACUCCGUUUCCGUUGUCUGGAUUGCAGACUUCGAAGAAAUUGGGAAUAACUCGGUCUAUUCAGAGCAUUGCAAUUCCAGCGAUACAGGUGACAGAGAAGGCUUGCUUUGAGAUAGACAUCCAGCAAGCGGUAGAUAUAGAAUUUAAAGCAAGCGAGUCGAAACCUUUUCAUAUAUGUUUAUGGAUCAGUCUUCUAGCUUUGCUGACGCUACUGUUUGUGGAUACAGACGUUGUUCACUUUGAUAUGGGCCUUCUUCCCAUUGCGACAGCAACAUUUUUGAUGUUAGUGGAUGCCGUGUUGAACAAACGCAGUGCCUUCUUCAUCAUACGACGGGUGGACUGGGGUGUGCUCGUCAUGUUCUUCGGUCUGUUUGUCUGGAUGGCGGGGUUCAAUGCUACGCGAAUUCCGCGCUGGAUUUGGAAGACCAUGGGCCUGUCCCACUCCAAGUUCAACAGCUUCUCCAGCUUGACUAUCCUGUGUGUCUUUGUUGUCGUCUGCUCCAACAUCUUCAGCAAUGUCCCACUGACCAUCAUUGUCCUUGAACAGCUCCAGCCCUGCACAAAUCAGUUUCCUCUUGUUCUCUAUCUCGCAUGGUGCUCCACAAUUGCAGGGAAUCUGACGCUGUUUGGCAGUGUGGCUAAUCUCAUUGUUGCUCAGAAGUCUAAAACCUCAUUAGGAUACCAGUUCAGCUAUUGGACCUAUUUUAAAUAUGGAUUCGUGACAACUUGUUUUAUUGUUGUUAUAGGUAUGGCAAUAAUGAAUGUUAUAUUGCAAGUGGUUUGAAUAAUAAAAUGAUGUAACACCAUAUUUGAAUAUCACUGUGAUAUUCAAUAGAUUAUAUAGAUUGUGUGUGAUUUGAAACACUGACAGUUAAAUACAAAAGCAAUAAUAAACAUGUAAAGAUGAUAGCUAUAAAAAUAGUACCGUAGAUACCGGGUAAAGAGGGUUUGUGUCUAUAUAAAAAACGAACCAAAACACUUUUAUAACAGCCAAAUGUUGUCUUCUCAAACGAUUAUUAUUUUGUUCUCAAGAUACUAGCAAAUUGUUUGAGACUGUCCACAGAUCAAACCUUUGCUGGGAAAAAUGGCUCCGCUCCUCCCCCACCCCUCUUCUGUGAUAGCAUGGGACCUCCACUUUACAUUAUUCGUUCUGCGGAUCUUACAAUGCAUCGGACGCUAUGACCAACGAUCAGUUACCGUCGUAAUAUUUAAAUGUAGACGAGAUAUAAAUGCAAGAAGUGUAUGGUAAUAAAAUAAGGCCAGUAUGCACUAGUUACAGUUUGCUGUGACAAAUAUACAAUUAAUCUUAUGAAGCAUAUUGUAUCGGGGACAUCCACAAUUAGAAACCGUCUCCCGCAAAUGUAAAGAAACUCGCAUAAACAUUUAAUAAAUAUUUGUAGUACAUGACAUUUGGUGAAAAUACGAUCGUAAGAAUUGAUUUGUCCGUCUAUGCCCGCACCCUCAUCUCAUCUCACGUGCGUGUGUGUGGUUUUUAUUGCUGCUCCAACGACAUCUAGUACCUGUCACGUUUCUGUCAUUGAAGUUUUACAUAGGAGUUCUUGUAUUUUUAACUACGCCUGGACACUGAGCACAUUCUCAAUCAGCUGCAAUAAAGGUUCAGCCUCAACAUGUUGUCGGGUUCCGUGGUGGUUUCCAACACGUCUCAAUAUUUAGUAUGCACCAUUGCUGUCCAUGGCUGUUAGUUCAACAAGGAAGCUGGUAAAAUGCUAUAAAGUGGACUGCACAGAAAACCGAUGGGACUCCCAACAAAUCAAGUGUAAAAUAAUGUUUGUAAAGAUGUACAGUAUAUGAUGAUUACACUAUUAUGAUUAGGAAGAGGGUGAAAAAUCAAUAGGAGAGAAAGUUAAGUAAAAUUCGAAUCGGCCUUUGGCGAGGUAUGAACCAGCCUUCAACUCGUAAGUAAAGUCCGAAUCGGCCUUUGGCGAGGUAUGAACCAGCCUUCAACUCGUAAGUAAAGUCCGAAUCGGCCUUUGGCGAGGUAUGAACCAGCCUUCAAUUCGUAAGUAAAGUCCGAAUCGGCCUUUGGCGAGGUAUGAACCAGCCUUCAACUCUGAUGACAUUUGAACCCAGCUUGAGCUCCUGUUCAGUAUCCUAACCACUGUAACAACGAAACUAACCGUGACGCCAUACUGACAUUUUAAAACUAUCAGAAAAAUUACUUGAAAGAACUUGUUUCGAACAAGGACGUAAAAUAAUUUGAUCUCUGAUUUAUUACAAUAGGACAAUAUUCAUCAGAAUCAGAAGUGGGCCUCUCAAGACUGGAUGUUUCGAACUAGAGCUGGGUGCCCGGGCCAAGCUGACCUACUUGACCUACAUAUUUUCUUUUGUUGUCCUACAUACCUGUGACGGUACAUGCUCUUAAUUUUUGUUUUCGCCUGUGGCGUUAUUAAUUGUUUUAGAAGGCCGUGUGCAGUUUCAUUGCACUUAGCU